AUGCCAAAGCAAAAGAAGUACAAGAAUUUACUUAAAGCAGCAGCUGCCAAUUCUUCACAAGACAAGUCAGUAGCAGCUGCCAAUUCUUCACAAGACAAGUCAGUAGCAGCUGCCAAUUCUUCACAAGACAAGUCAGUAGCAGCUGCCAAUUCUUCACAAGACAAGUCAAUAGCAUCAAAUGCAUCACAAGUCAAGUUCCUAGCAGCUGCAAAUUCCUUCCGAAACAAGUCGGCAGCAGCUGCAAAUUCCUUCCGGGACAAGUCGGUAGCAGCUGCAAAUUCCUCCUGGGACAAGUCAGCAGCUUCAAAUUCCUCCCGGGACAAGUCAGCAGCUUCCAAUUCCUCCCAGGACAAGUCAGCAGCUUCAAAUUCCUCCCGAGAUAAGUCGACAGCAGUUGCAAGCUCCUCCCGGGACAAGUCGGCAGCUUUAAAUUUUUCUGAGCCAUCAUCAGUUGCUCCAACUAUAUCUGAGCAUCCAUCCGAACCUAAACGUAAACGUGGGCGUGAAUCUAAGCAUUACUGGACUGUUGAUGCCAUAGAUGAAUAUGAAAAUAGUACACGCCUUCAUUUAUUAGUGAAGGAUGUGCAUAAUUUGCUAGCAGGUUUGCGCAUAGUUGUCAAUUUUGAUAGACAACAUGCAGCAAUAGGAGAAGCAGCCGGACUCCUUGCAGGAAUUUGUGGGCAAUUGGCCACUGAUUGUGUAGCAUUUCCAAUCAGUUUUGAUAAGUGGUCAGACAUUCCAGAGAGCUUUUUUGAAAAUCAAUGGAAUAUUUUUUUCCAAGCUCGAUUUUGCUUCAAAGUAUGUGAUAGCUUGGCCAAACAAUUUCUGCUCCAAUCGCUUGGCAAAAAAUGGAGGGAACAUAGGAUAAAGCUUUGGAACGAGUUUUAUGAUCCGAGGUUGAGUAAAACCGAGAUCAUAAAUAAUACACCAGAAGAUAUUACUCUUGAUCAAUGGGCUUUAUUCGUAGAAUAUCGUUUGAAGCCUGAAACUCAAAAACUUUGUAAGAGGAAUCAAGAAAUUCGGCAAAAACAAAUAAUUCCUCAUACUUCAGGUGCUAAAUCAAUUGCAAGAAGAAGGGCUGAAUUGACGGAAGAGACGGGAAAAGAAGUUAGUAGGGUUCAAAUGUGGGACAUCACUCACAAGAAAACAGAUGGAAGUUAUGUUAAUGAAAAGGCUAAAGAAAUAGCGGAGAAGAUUGAAGCAUAUAGCAGUCAACAAGCGGUGGAAUCAACCGUUAAUUCUCCUCUUGAUGCUCUUGGAGUAGUUCUUGGGAAAGAGCACCCUGGUCGUGUUCGAGGUUUAGGCAUGGGAGCUGUUCCAACUGUUGCUUUCAAGAACAACACCACAAGAAUUAGUCAGAUGAACUUAGGUUCUUCAAAUGAUGCUAGCACAUCAUCUACUUGUGGUUCCAAUGUGCAAAAAGAGCUGGAUACUGUUAAAGCGCAGUUGCAAGCAUUAGUCUCUUAUAUUGCUUUUAAGGAAGGAGGUAAAAUUCCAGUAGAAUUAGCUGGAAUGUUUCCUACUCAACAAAUUUCACAGGGAUUGGAUCAAGAGAGUGAGAUUCCAUCACCAAGAGAGUUAGGAAGUAGGUCUUCUGGAGCGAGCAACAAAGAAGCAUGA